AUGGGGACGGUGCUGUCGCUGUCGCCCAGCGCGCCGGGGAAGGGCGGCGGCGGCGUCCUGGCCGAGAAGGCGGCCCCGGGCCGGGCGCACGGCAAGGGCGAGAGCCGCCUGAAGCGGCCGGGCGUGCUGAUCUCGGCGCUCACCUGGAAGCGCCUGGUGGCCGCCUCGGCCAAGAAGAAGAAGAACGCCAAGAAGGUGACGCCCAAGCCGGGCUCCGCGGGCGCGCCCGACCCCUUGGUGCAGCAGCGCAACCGCGAGAACGCGCGCAAGUCCCAGCCCGACGGCGCCAAGCAGGGGCCCUUGGCCGUACCGGUGCCCACCGUGCCCGCCUCCGCCCAGGAGGGCGGGAAGCAGCCGCCUCCACCGCCACCCCCGCCGCUGCCCAGCAACCGCGCCGCCGCCCCCGGCUCCCCGCGGCGGGUGAUCGUGCAGGCUUCGACGGGCGAGCUGCUCCGCUGCCUGGGAGACUUCGUGUGCCGCCGCUGCUACCGCCUCAAGGAGCUGAGUCCCGGCGAGGUCAUCGGCUGGUUCCGCAGCGUGGACCGCUCGCUGCUGCUGCAGGGCUGGCAGGACCAGGGCUUCAUCACGCCGGCCAACCUGGUCUUCGUGUACCUGCUGUGCCGCGAGGCGCUGCAGGGCGACCAGGUGGGCAGCCAGGCGGAGCUGCAGGCCUCCUUUCUCACCUGCCUCUACCUGGCCUACUCCUACAUGGGCAACGAGAUCUCCUACCCGCUCAAGCCCUUUCUGGUGGAGGGCGACAAGGAGCGCUUUUGGGACCGCUGCCUCGCUAUCAUCCAGGGCCUGAGCGCCAAGAUGCUGCAGAUCAACGCCGAUCCUCACUUCUUCACGCAGGUCUUCCAGGACCUCAAGAACGAGAGCGAGGGUGCGCCAACAAAGGACUCCGGCUCCAACAAACACUGGACUAUCAGCCUGGACCGCUAGAAGAGCCCCGAUUACCCCCACCCGACCCCGCCAUCUCUUCCCUCCACCUUUCCGGAUGCACUGCUCCUAUUUUUCUCUCUCUUCUCCCCGCCCAAGCUCUUCUCAGCCAGGAUUUCACAGGGGCAGGAAACACUGGGGAGUUUUGGGAUUGGGGAGUUGCUAGGGACAUAUCUUUUCCCCAUCUCAUCAUACAGGGUGGAGUGCUGCUCUCCAUGGGCCAGUCAGGCUUUUUUUGGGUGGGUGGGUGAGGACUUGCUGGAGUCCAGUCUUUCCACCCUCCAUCUUGUGGGCCACACCCAAAAUUACAUCAGCCCCUUCCUACAACUGCAGCACCUGAAUAUUGGGGGAUGGGGAUGGUAUCUGACCCAUGAUGUACUGUUGCCUUCUGGCUAGGAGCAGAACUUGCCCCUUCUUGAUUACCUUGUCCCAGCUGGGUGCACUUCAGGCCCUGUGGGUGCAUCCCGGGAGGGAGGGGCUGUUCUUCCCCUCUCCCUUCUUCCAAAUGGGGAGAAUUCCUAGACUAAUGGGUCAACCUUAGGCAUUACCUAUUGACAAAGUUCUGCCUUUUGCAGGAAAAAGCAGCUGCUGUGACCUCACCUGUGGAAGCCCCACCAGUGUAUCCAUGGUUUUGGAUCUCUUUGCUGCUACUGUGAAUCACAGUACAGCCCAGAGCAUUCCGUCUUGUAUUUUACUUUUACUUUUCCGGUGAAGCAAUUCCUGCAUGUUUUUUGCCCUUUUCUGCUGUUUGAUGGCUCUGCCAUAGUGGUUGUUCUACAAAGUAGAUGAUGGUUAUAUACUACUGCUGUCCACCUCUGCAAAGUCAAAUGCCUUUCAUCAUUUAUUUCCCUCCUUCAUUGCAGUGGUGGGGAAGGGGAUGGGGAGAGUGAGGUGUGUGUAUCUGCUUCCAACACUGAAAGGAAGUGCUGGGGAAGCUGUGCUGCUAUCCUUCAAUGGCCCUUAUUUGACCCAUUCUCUCCCUGCCUCCUCCUUUCCCCCUCCCAUCUGAAGCAGAGGCUAGGAGCUGUCCAGGGUGCUAGCCUCUUAGACUGACAUACAUUUGCACAUUCUUGAAGCUGAAAACAAGCUGUCUCAUGGUGUUUGAAUGUAACAGAACAAUGUUUGACUUACAGGAUGUCUGUGCCAAUGUUGCUCAAAUGUACAAUAACAUAUUGUUUUCUAUUGUAUAUUUAAAAGAGAUAAAAAUUA